AUGGUUGCCUUCAAUGGCAAUGCCUACAUUCGAUCCACUCGCACUGGAAGUUCCGAAUUUUACAAGACCGUCUAUGGCCCCUACAUGCGCUGUGAAGCAGCCGGGCUUGUGGGACCUCCGAAUGCCACUCCAGAUCUGGUUGCCACCACAUUACUCGGAGGUAUGACCUGGACUUCUGCCAUCAAUGACAUGUUCUCAACU